ACUAACGUAUGUUGUAAUACCUUUAUAUACUCUUUGUUAUCUGUGGUUAGUCAAUCGCACAGUACAAAUUGAAAUUACAUUAAUUUUGUGAAUUGUAGAGUUGUCUACGCCAUAUUUGUUUGUGACUUACUGUUUUAAGUUCUAGCAUUUUUAAGAUAUUGUCAUACAUAAUAUAAAAUGGAAAAUCAAGGUGGAACUUCAGGACCUCGAGUAAGCGAUAAACGCUUAGCGCAAACUCAAGCAAAAGUAGAUGAAGUCGUUGGAAUUAUGCGUGUCAAUGUCGAAAAAGUAUUGGAAAGAGAUCAAAAAUUGUCUGAACUGGAUAACCGUGCUGAUGCCCUGCAGCAUGGAGCAGCGCAAUUCGAACAACAAGCUGGGAAACUUAAAAGGAAGUACUGGUGGCAGAACUUAAAAAUGAUGUUAAUAAUUGGUGGCAUUGGUCUUGUCCUUGUUAUCAUUAUAAUUGUGUGGGCUACUUCCGGCUCCGGUGGCUCUUCUAACUCAGCGCCAGCUCCAACUGUGGCUCCACCUGCGGCACCACCUGCUUCAGAACCAGGACGAUAAUUGUUUAGUUCGAUCCCAGUUCUUGCUCCACCCAUUCUACAACUAUUUAAACUAGUAUGAUUCAUACAAAAUGUUUGACUGAUUAAGAGGAACUAUUUUGUACUACCCAUUAAAAAUAUAUCACCUUCAGAAUUUUAAAGGAUGUUAAUAUUUCAUAUUUUCUAGUAUUUCAAUGUUUAAAACAGAUUUUUAAACAGUUUAAAUGUUUCUAUCUUUCUACAAAGCCAUUUAUUGUUAAACAAGUAUAUAAAACAACCAGUGCUAUUUAUAUGUUUGGGUAAAUGUUAAAUGUACUAACUACUAUUUUUGUAUGUAUACUUAUUGCUCUUAAGAGCUCUUGGUAAAUUUAUGCAUGUAUUAUGCCAACUGUGAAAAUGUACACAAACAAGACUAAAAUUAGAUAUCUAUGUGUAAAUUAUCUAAGAUAAUUUGCAGAGCUUAUUUAUUAGCCAUUUGACUUAAGGAACUGAGUGUAACUAAUUAUAUUACUGUUGUUGAUAAUGUGUUGCUUCAUUAACAACUUGUUUGUUUGUAAAGUUAUAAAUGUAUCAUAAAAUGAAUGUUACUAAAUUGUACUUUUGAUAUUCCAUUUAAUAAGCACAAUGUAUAAAAACCGGUAGCACAAGCUUAGUUUGGUAAUGUUUAGUUUGUAACUCAAUAUUCUUAAAAUAUUUUUGUCUAUAAUUAUAAAGAAGAUCUUCUUUUCACUUCUUUUGCAUUUCUAUUAGAUUUUUAAAUAGCCAGUGGGACCAAAAAUUCUGUUUGUACAAUUUCCUAGGUCCUUCAGUUUUCGAAGUUGUCAUAGUUAAAUAUGUAAGUUAAUGUUGUAUAUUAAAUUUAUAUUACUUA